UUGCACCGGUGCGUGAUGACAGCGCGCAGCCCCGGCAGGCUCCAUCGAAGUUAGACCCACCGAGGUGGCGUCGGACGGCGGGGCGACAGCCCUUUGGUUGACCCCAGUGACAAUGGCGGUGUUUCACGACGAGGUGGAGAUCGAGGACUUUCAGUAUGACGAGGACUCGGAGACUUAUUUCUACCCCUGCCCGUGUGGGGAUAACUUCGCCAUCACCAAGGAAGAUUUGGAGAAUGGAGAAGACGUGGCAACGUGUCCUAGCUGCUCUCUCAUUAUAAAAGUGAUUUAUGACAAAGAUCAAUUUAUGUGUGGAGAAACAAUACCAGCACCUUCCACCAACAAGGAAUUAGUUAAAUGCUGAAGAAGGCUUUAAGAAUCCAAAUCUGGAACAGUUGAGAAUGAGCCAAGAUGGAAAAAUCAAAUGCAAAGUUAUAGACCUCUUCACAAGGACAACCUUCUUGUGGUUUUUUGCUCAGUUACAGAGUGUGGAUUCUUUCCAACAACUGCGACGUUCACCUUCAAUUAAGAAGCAAUCCACAACAUGACAUACCUGGAUUUCACACAUAAAACUUUGAAUUGCAGGUGUUCUUAAUUUUCCAUCCAAAUUUUUUAAAAGAUAGUUUCAAAUCAGUACAUUUUUUUCCCUCAGUUACAUUAUUUUCGUAUCUUAAAUCUAACUACUUCAGUAUCUGAUGACAGAAUCAUCUACCUCAAAGUUAUUAGUGUUCCUUUACAAAAAUGGGAUUGUAUUUUUUACUUGGUUGUUAAGAUUAACACUAGCCCUUCCUUUGAAAUUUGACAUAAAUUUUGCUAAGAAAAUUUGCUAGCUAAAAUUUGCUAAUCUCCUCAGUCUUGUCAUUGUUAGGAUGUUCAUAUUCUGUUAAGCAUGCCUUUUCUGUUACGUUUCAUGCAUAGAGUGCUGGUUAUGGUGUUAAAGAGAAAAUACAGUGAGGUCAUAAUUUCUCCAGAGCUAAAAGUUAGUGAAUAAGAAAGAAAAGUAAAAAGUGAAAUGGUAAAUGGUCAAAGAAUAGCGAGUUUCCUUUUCAGUAUUCUGUAUGUUCCUGGAGAAUCAGGAUAAGAUAAAAAGACAAGCAGCCAAGAGAAGCAAAAUUGGUAACAGAAUGAGAGGAGCCAAACAUGUCGACUUAGCAAAUGAGAUGCUUAAAUGAUUUUGCAAGAUCAAAGCAAAUAACAUUUCUAUAUCUGGGUUUUGUUUGUUUCCUUUUAGAAAAGGCUAAUGAAAUCAUACUCCAGAUGGGGGUUAAUGUCCAGUCUUGAUGGCUGGAGGCAAUGCUUUCAGCAUGAUUACCAUAUCAUGCCACUACUCUUAAAAGAUGAAGCCUCUACAGUGGCUUCUGUUUGCUGAAGGUGAGCUUGAAAACUGGAGGUCUUUUCUGAAUAAAUAUGCCCAUGGGGACACAUCUAAUGUGCCAUCACCUGCAACCAAACCAGAUAUGCACUGUUUCUGAGAUGUUUGCCCUGGAGAAAAAUAAAUAUAUAAAGAUAGACCUUUAGUUUUCCUUUGCUGCAGUGCUGAGAAGUAGCACAAAAUUAGAAUCACUUAUAUGGAAAUUCAGAAUUUUCCUUUAUAUAUGCAACUUUCCUGCAUAUAUAUAAAGUUGAAAAAUUGAACUGAUAUCUAGCAGGUUGUUUGGGAAAUUGCUCCUAAAAGAAAACUGACUUGCUAGAAUUUAAAUAUUCUGUUACUGAUUGAUAAAAUGUGCUACACACACUUGCUGGGGGUUUAAAUUAAAACAAUUGUAUAGCCUUUUGCCUGCUUGCAGUGUGGCUACGUGUAGCCAUUAGGCUGAGACUUAAUAAAUCACCAGGGUAUGUCAUGUGAAGCAUUACAUGGCAUAUUCUUGAUGUGCUAAGAAAUCUCAUUGCCAUGUGGGAUACUGACACCCCUGAAGUAAACCACAACUGCUUUGCAAAAGUUCGUCUCAGAAGCAGUGACUGUUCAAAUGAACAGAGUAGGAUUCGUGAUAACUCUGACUAAAAUGAGCUGCCCUAAACUCAAAUGUUGAUGGUUUUAUAGAUAUUGAUACCAUGUUAACUACCUCUGCUAAUGUUGAAUCUCAAACAAUAACAGACACCCUUGACAUAGGUCUGUUAUGAGCACAGAGGAAUGGGAAGAAAAGUUGCCAAAGCUGAAACAUCCCAGGAGAAAAGAAACAUAAACAGCCCUGGCAAUCAGUGAUCCAUGAUAUUGCAAUAGUCGGAAUGACUAAAUAUGUUUGUGAACUACAAAAGAACCGUCAGAAUUCAGUCCAAUGUUAAACAAAGAAAAACCAGAGGCGUUUUAGAUAUGACUAGAGUUCUAUGUGAUAAAUGUGCCUUAUUUGGCCCAACAGACAUUUCUGGAGGCUUUCUAAGAAUCAAUUUGUAGUCCAGGCUUUCCCUUUCAUUAGCUUUUGUAAUCCUUGACAAUGCCUGUGGAUCCCUUAUCUGUACAGUUAGGUGAUUGGAUCAGAUGGUUUCUGAACCAUCAGUUCUACAGUGUCAGGUUUAGUGGCUUGCAGGAACUGAAAUGGCAUUUAAAACCUUUAUAAACUCAACUAUCUAAAUCAUGAAUUACAGAGAAAGAGACUCUAUUCUUCAAAAAGUUGAUGUUACCACACUUUUGAAUUUGAAAAUUAUGAAGACAGCUGUUUAAGUGGUUCUACAUACACUCCAGAAAGAAACAUUUUCUUUGGAAAGCACCCAACAUUUUUUGAUAACUGUAUAUAUUAAUUUAUUACCAGGAUAAACUAUUGGUAUGCUAAAUAAAGUCAGAUAAUUCAAAUCCUUUUUUUAAUGUAGUUUUUCUUCCCCUUAAAAAUCAACAUUUUGAAUUAGAGGAUGUUGAUGUUAUGAUUUUAUAUCAUGUAGAAAUCUGCUUUGGGGCAUCAUUAGUAACUUUGGACAGUAGACUUUUUAAGUCUGAAAGAAAUUGCCACUAUUUCUACAGUUUGGCCACCUGGAUUUGAGUUCUGGGUUUUUUUUAUUUGGGGAAAAAAAAUAGCUUUGAGUCAAGCGGCACUAAAGCAAAGAUAGUUGACAUUCUUAGGUGAGUAAUUUUAUUUAUUGCCAGAAAAGAAGGCUGGUACUUUAUUUAAGACUGAUGCUCAUUCCUUGCAGUGGUUUUGAGAGCCUGGCUCUGAUUGGGGCACAAUUUGAAUCUCAGUUCCUCUGCUGUGAUCUUGGACAAAUUUUUAAUCUUUUCAUAUCUCUGUCCUGAUCUGUGAAACGUAAACCAUAAUAUUUCUUCUUUGAUAGGGUUGGUCUGUGGGUUAUUCAUUCAGCAAAAGUUUGUUGAGUGCCUACUAUGUGUUAGGCACUGGGAUAAAGCAGUGAAGUUACGCAAGGUUUCUGCCAUCACAGAGCUUCGUGCAACCAAAAGAGUCAGGAAAUAAACAAGAUUACAGACUGGUUAGGGCCCAGAAGAAAACAAACAAGUCAUGUGAUAGUGAAAGGUGGAAAACAAAGGGAUCUCUGAGGCCUGGAACUUUCUCUGAAACCUGAAGGAUAAGAAUGAAGUAACCUUGUGAAAAUGAUUAAAUGAGCUAAUGACUAUAAAACUUUCAGCAUGGUGCCUGUCAUAUGAAAAAAGGUUAAAUAUUUUAAUUCUAAAAGUAAUUCAAUAUUUUUUUUGAGCA